UACUCGCCCUCUGACCCUCAUGGAAUAGUUGAUCUUACGGGGCACAGCUGCUAGUAGUAGUACAGCUAACACACCCACAGGCAGAAGGCAGGAACAUCAUCAUCUCCUCUAUCGCCCCACAAGUUCUCAUGAGUGGAAAGCGAAAACAUGGCAAAAGUCUGUCGCCUAGGAAAAUCACGUGCGGCUACGCGACCACAAUGUUCAGAGCGCGACCUAGAGUUUUGGAAAGUAGGAUCAGACCUCGCACCCAACCACUAUUACAAUAGUCUCUCAUUGCAACGACCCAGUGGCGGAUCUGCGAUGGACCUCGUCGGUGCAGAUAGUGAGGAGCUCAAGAAACUCAAGAAGCAGCUGCAUCAAAGUGAUUUACGGCUGUCGCAAGUAGAAGCCGAGAGAUGCCGUCAGGAUGCCAUUGUAAGGGAACUGCAGGCCAAGGUGACAUCAUUGGGCAAGGACUUGGACGAGGAAAGGACGAGAGCCGACCAUGCCGAGUCGUCACUGGCAAAGAUUUGUGAGGAUCAUUCCCGGGCCCGCUUGCAGGUCAGCAACCUGGAACAAGCCUUAGCAAAGGCGCAGGCCCAAGUGCAGACAGGUGAAAAGGUCCGGAGGCAAGACGAGCAAAGGAAAUGCAUCGAGCUGGAUCUCAAGCAUCGCGAGGCGCAGGAGGAUCUGCAGCAGCUCAAGAAUCAAUGCCAGAUGCUGGAAGCGCAAGUAUCGCAAAGGACUCAGGAGCUCCAGAGAGCAAAGCAGGGGCAGGAAACCAGACGAGCACCACCCUCAGCAUCGUUUCAACCAAGUGAUGUGGAGUUUGAAGUGGAGACUAGGAUGUCCAAGGCAAAGUCUGGGCGUUCUCGCCAUAACGAGGUUGAGUCAUUUGACUCGGCGCUGCGAAGACCGAGUCGCCGUCGACCGAGAGCAAGCAGUGUAGGGUCAUGCAGCGAGCAACUUUCGGUCGGACCAGUUGGUAUUCGACCUUCGUGCGAAGUGGACUCGCAUCAAUGCGAGCUGUCGCAUUUGCGUGAGUCAUUGACAGCUGCUAUCGCCGAAUUAAAUGCCUGCCAGGCCAGGGCCGAGAAAGCCGAGAGAGAGGCUCUUAAAUCGUCUAAUGAACAGCUGGCAAGUGAGCGUUGCAGCGAAAGGAGGAUUGGAGAGCUCAAAUCACGCAUCGAGGAUCUUGAAGACGACCUCUACUACAAGGCCGAGCAGCUAAGGGGCGUCGAUAGCAGCGAUGAAGCAGCGGCAAGAUCCUUGCUCGAAGAGCGAGCCCCCAAGGCCGAAGCAAAGGUGCACGAGCUCGACGAGGAAUGCAACCUUCCCAGAGACUCUCAGGAGGCAGACUCUGUUCAAGAGGAGGAAUCGUGCAAUGGCGUCGGACAGGUCUCAAAUGGAGCGAACAUGCUACUUCGUGGACGCAAAAUGACCAAUACACAUAACGUCAAGGAAGAGGCGGCAAGGCAGGAAGUGAAGAGCAAGGACUUGGCGGUGCAACUCUUGUCUUGUCAGCAGGAGCUCGAGAUCGCAGUCCGUGACAACGCGGACAACGAGCUUCGCAGUAAUGCUCUCAUAGCCGAGGUUGAGGAGCUCCGAAGCCAGCUGGCGAAAGUGGACGACGCCAAGCUGUGCGACUCAAUCCAGGGAGGCGACGAAAAACGACAACGAUUGCAAAAAGAUUUAGCAAAAGCCGUGGCUGAUUCUGCUGAUGCUUGUCAAGCGCUGAAUCAAGCCAAAGAAACCCUGAUUGCCGAGCAGCUUCAGCGAGAGCUAGCUGCGAGCGAGGCUGCGAAGGCCAGGCAAGCUUCCGAGUCAGCCCGGAAAGACGUCGAAGACAUCCGCAAUAUUGCCGAGCAAAUGGCGGCCGAGCUCCAGAGCAAGGAAGACCAGAUAGCCGCCUUGCGGACCUCUCUCGGUGCUGCGAAAAAAGAGAUGGAUAUUAUGCGAAGCAAUGAAGACCCCGAGGCUACGCUCCAGGCGCUGAGGAAUGGCUUGAACGUCCGAGAAGCGGAGCUGGGCCAUGUUCUCGAGAAGCUUGAGAAACGGGAAAAAGAGCUGUCCAUUGCAAAGAACAAGCUUCGUCGACUGACGGCGUCAGUCCGCAAACUUGCUCUGACAUCGAACGCGACCGGUCCAACGUCCGCACAGACGCACAACACUCGGACAGAUGUGUCCACCCUUUGGGAAGGGCCGGAGGUGAGCAUGUCGAUGGUCGGCGACUACUCGGUCAUGGCCGAUGGUGCGGAGCGAGGCUUUGAGACGGACCUCGUCGACGAAAUCGAACAAGCUCGAAGCCACAUUGAAGAAGUGGAAAUCCGUCUCGAGUUUCAGCGCGUGGAAGAUGGUGUUCGGCUCAGGUCUGCAGAAUCAAGCUUACGGCACAAGGAGGAGCAACUUGCCGACGCCACGGCGCGUAUCCAAGAAGCAAGCGAAAGCAAAGCAGAUGCCUCGGAGAAGAAUGCAGAGAUGGUCAGUGCGGUAUCUCGGCAACAUGAUUUUCACCUCGCCGCUCAUCAGACACGCUCUCUGGUCGUGCAGAUUGCGACACUAGAGCGACAUAGGGAUGAGCUUCACGAGGAGGCCAGACAGUGGUGCCACUUUUCCGAAACGCUUCUUUUCGAUCUCACAGAAUGCCGAGAUCGAGUCAAGAAUCUGGAGGGCCUUGUCUCGCCCCAACAGGCUCAAGACUUAGACGAGCAACACCGGACUCUCAAAGAGGAAAAGAGGCUCAAGAUGAUCGUUGCCGACCUUGAACGCCGCGUGACAAGGCGUAAUGAUCAGAUCGCACGACAGCAAGCCGAGCUGCAACAAGAACGCAUCAAUCGUCACAUCGCUGAGCAGGCUGUUAAGGUGCUCAAGCAGACAAAGUCGGUUCACGAUGAUGUCACUGUGGAUGCAAGCGAUGCGACAGGCGUGUCAGUCCAGCAGUGUGGCUCUGAAGACACUGCUGCUCGAGACAGCGAGCUGUCGGAGAUCCAGGCCCAACUCAACGGAGCUCUCUCUCAGCUCGAAGCACUCGUUAAGAUGCAGACGACACACGAUGAAGAACUGGCGCAGGUCAACUGUGAAAGAGCCCGCUUGGUUCAAGAGGUGCAGGGUCUUCGCGACGCAAAUGAGGGACUGAACCACAUAUCAGCAGAACAAUUAGCAAAGCAUUCCCAACUCUUGGACAGCAUACGCCGAGCCGAGGAACAAGUCCAGCUUUAUAAAGAAGAGAGCAAAGAGGCGGCAGCAAGUCGAGCAGUGGCCGAAAAGGCCUUGGAAAUGGAAAGGGAAAGAAUUACCCAGCUCGUUGAUGCUGCCAGAGAGCGAGCAGAAACUAGUUUUCAUCUCGAAGCACAGCUAUCGAUUGCUCAUAGGAAAGUGAUGGAGAUCGAAGCGACACACGCACAGCUCCAGGAAGACGCACAGAAUCUGCGCUCCAGUCAGCAAGAAGCUGCAGAGGCUAACAGAAGCCUGCAUGCUGAGCUCAAGACCAAGGAGGAAACCUACAAGACGAUGCAGCACGAGCUGCAAGCCAAGCUGCAGGAAGCUGAGCGGCGGGGUCGAGAGAUUCACGACAUUUACGACGACCUCAAGCGAAAGCUUGAGUCUCGCAAUCGGGAAUUUUGGGAUGUCAAGGAGGAGCUUGCGGUGCUGCAGGAAGACGCCGAAGCCUCUCCGAACAGAGGCGAGCUUCUUUCAGAAGUAGAGAAGCUGACGGAAGUCGCCACGGCUAAAGACGGAGAAAUUCAACGAGCUAGAGAGGCCCAACAGACCGCUGAAUCGCAGCUGCAAGCCAAUGCGCAAAUUUGCCAUGAAGCAGCCGAAGAACUUAACGACCUCAAGGAGCACAGGGAUGCUGACACACACAAGAUCGAGACACUCGAAGGGCAGCUAUCAAAGUGUAAGAGAGAGCUAGAUGAGGCUAAAAAGGAGGUUCGAGAAAUCGGGACAAAGCUCAAUGGCUCGCUCCUUGACGUUGAAAAGUACGAGAAGAGAUAUCAGGAGGCCAAUCUGCAGCUUGUUGCAUCAAAAGAACGAGCUGCCGCAAUGGAAACGGAGCUGCAAUCCUUCGACGCCCGCACCUCAAAUGACCUAAAUCGCGACGAGCGAAAGGCUGACUUUCUCCAAGAAAAAAUCCAAAAUCUCGAGGCCGAGCUCGCUCUCAAGGCCGAAGAAGCCGAAGAAGCAGACGAUCGGAAAUUGAUGCUGAUGAAGCAGAACAAGAAGCUUAGCUCUCGAAUUGCUUCGCUGGAAGCAAAGGUAGAGCACUUCAAGACUGCUGCCUCUACUUUCCACACGAACAAGAGCGGUGUCGCUGUCAAAGUCGCAACGGGCCACGGUGGUCGCGAAACGAUGACGCUGGUGUCUGAUGCAGAAGACGUGGUCCAGUCUUCCAAGGGAUCCAUUUCGUCGUCCAUGCCAAACUCUCGCAAGCGUAGCACACCUGACGACGACCUAGGCGAUGGUGAAACACAGCGAAACGUGUCAGAGUCGUCGCUGCAGCAUAGGUCGGCAGUGGCAACGAUGAGAGUGAUGCCUGCCUCUACCAGGGCAGUCUAUGCCCCUCCGCCUUCGGAACCGAAAGCUAGUAGAGUGGCGUCUUCGUCAGCACCAUUGUCUGGGUUCACUCCUGUCCGUCGCGUCCAUGAAGAAGUCUCGCGGAAAAAGGUCGACCUGAAUCACCUCAAACGGAACUCCUCACCGAGAAAGGCCUCUUCGGUUGCUGCUGCCAAAUUGUCACCCUCCAAUAGCCUCGCUGCUGCCACGCCUUCAUCGAAAUUCGUUGACCGAACGAAUCGACCAGUCACAGGAGCCGUCCUAGAUAAUGGAUCGGUUCUUGGAGCUGCCAAAACGUCUGAGGCCGGCCCGCACCUUUCCCAAUUUAUGGCUCAACUUGCAAGAUUCAAGCCCUCCGCGACUUGAGCACAUGAAUCUUCCGUCAUUCUGGACCACGCCCGCCCAAAACUCCUCUAAGCCCGUGAGCCCCAAGACAACAAUGUUCAUUCUCAACAAUCUUGAUGCUCUUUCUUUUCACUCCAACGAUACCACAUACGCUGCUCUUAACCCCAUCAUGUAAUUGUACUGUAUCUUUAUAACCUUGCCGCAUACCGAAGAUUAUUAGG